UUAUUUUGAUAACUUUGUCUGCACCACCAGCACAAAAGAAAUUGUCUGGUGCUGCUUUCCGAAAGAAAAGAAGGCUCCAAGAAGAAGACACAUCUAAGAUGGCUGGAUCAUUAAAUAGGUUCUUUAAACCUGAUUCAGUACAAAAAGUUGUAAACGAAAUGGAGUGCAAAAGUAAUGAAAAUCGUAAAACUGUAGACGUUGAACAACACCCUUCUACCUCACCUAUGGGCGAACAGUCUUUGGGUAUAGAAAGUGAUACAAACACAGAGGAAGAGAGUUCACAGAAAUCAGCAUCAUCAUCAGAAGAUGAAAAUGGAAAAC